GUUGAUAGUCAAAUUCGAAUGAACCGAACGAACAUGAACGGUUCAGUUCAGUGCACUGAGGUGCCCAUGGGCACCUCCAAUAGUCUACCAGAAGCUCAGUUGUAUGACAGACGUGUGAUGUGACGGACGUGUUUUCAGGAUCUACUUGUGAAUAAAUUAAGUUAAUAAAUUGUUUUGUGUUACCAAAUCAAAAGAAGAUAAAACACUUUGGAACAUGGAGGAUACAAAAAACGGAGAAAUGAUUUUGUUGCGACAUAGUUUCAAUCGCGCAUUGAAAUUAAAGCAUUUGCAAGUUCUUUAUGAACCAACAGGUUGGUCAAUUGGUUUGAAAGGGAUCGAUGAAAAGUUCGACGAAUACGCAAACGCUGACGAGUUCUUAGCCGAUAUCGAUGAGUUGGUUAAAAGCUUUAACACAAUUUGGUCACACCAGCGCGAUAUAAAGUGUGCCAUCACCCAAUUAUCUGAGCUAUGUCACCGUGAUGUCAAAAGUAUUCGAACUUGUUCGGAAUGUUUUACUAACUGGGCCGCUGAUCCAGAUGAUUAUUUCACUAAGGUUUGCAGUAAACCGCAUUUACUGGUUUAUGCAAAGUUUGGAGAUUAUCCAUAUUGGCCAUCCAAAUUGAUGACCAUCAAUGAUCGUACCGCUAACGUUGUAUUCUUCGGCGAUCACACUCAAGCUGAUGUUCCGGUUGAAAAAUGCAUUUUGUAUUCGAAAAAACAUGCACUUCCCAUAGAAAAAGAUGAACUUUAUUAUGCUCUCAAGGAGACGGGCAUUCACAUUAAAAAAAUCAAGGAAAAGUACGGUUCAUUCAACCCAGUUACUCCGAGACAAACACUCAACCCAACAUUUUACAACGAUUAUAUCUUGAAAAUGUUCAAUUUACCGAUGGGUAUGAAUGAAUAGCAAAGAAGCAUGGAAUUUGUUCAGUUUUUCUCAAGAUUAAGCAUGACAACUAUGAUGAAUAUAUCUUAAGCUCUUUUACUAUAUCUUAAGCUCUUUUAAAAGAUUAUUUUAAAAAAGAUACAUUUUGAGAAGAGAAACCACGAUUGCAGGCAGAAAAGAAAAGCAUCUAUUCUUUCUUCCCUCUUCGUCAUCGUGAAACAUUCAACUGUAACAAACUUUAACUCAUUUUUAUUUCAAACUGAAAUUGACUUGAAUUGAAAGAAAAAUAAAGUAACACAUCAACUGGA